AAUCUAACCAAUAAUUUCAAUGAAGAAAAAAGAAUUUCAAUAGUCUUUUUCUUUUUCAUUUUUUCAAGUAAUUAAGAAAUUCUUCCGUCUCCUCCGAAUUCUCCUCCACUUCGUCCAAAAGCCACGGAGCACUCGAAAUUCUGCGGAGGGGAACCUGCUACUCCUGCACACAAUCUGGGGAGAAGAUGAAAGGUAUCGACGAUGAACCUGCUGAUGCAGAGCACUUCCACACUGCUCUUGCAACACGCAAUUCAUCUGCUUUGCGUUCUUUGAGGAAAGGCGAUACAUUCACUCUCGGGAGUCUAACGUUCAAGGUCACUGAAACUUUCGGAGAACGUUGUGUGGUUUACCCUGAAAUCUUUUGCCAGGGGGAACCCGUGAGAAGGGAGGAUGACGUCGAUGGUGUUUGGAAGCAAAUGGCUCAAAUCCGUGAAGUGAUCGAGCUGCCCGUAAGUUAUUCGGAGCUUUUUACAUCAGUUGGUGUGAAAGCUCCAGAAGGAAUUAUGCUUCCUGGACUUCCGGAUUCAGGAAAGGCACUAAUAGUCAGAGAUAAUUAUGCUGGUGGAACAAAUGAGCACUUCCAUAAUGCUCUUGCAACAAGCAAUCUGGCUGCUUUGCAUGAAACAAUUAUGUAUACAUACGGGAUGAUUAGUCAUUUUAUACGAGAGCUGGGUGGCGAGAGUGGUGGAGAGAGCAGCAUCAGUGCUAGGUAUGAUGAAAUUAGAAGUGAUGAUGGCAUCGAUGAACGUGCUAGUGCCAGUGGUGGUGGGGACGACGAGGUUAGCAGUCAGGAUGGCAACGAUGAACAAAGUGCUGAUGAAGAAGAUGUACCAAAGCCGCCCACUGCUUCUACUAGAUCCGCAUGGGGUAGAGUUGCCCGAUGGACCAUUGGUGUGUCAAUCCCACUAAUAGCAGGGAGCGCCACUAUAGUGUCUACAAGGUCAAGGGGCAUCACUUUUGAUGUGUUCAAUUUCUUUACGAACGGACUAUCCUUUUUAAUGUUGUUGCUCGCUACAAUCAUUUUGGGGACACCAUUUCCUACAUUGACACCUUCCCUGUUCAUACGCAUAAUGGGUCUUCAUGUAUUCGAGCCUUUAUCCCAGAUUUGGUUGUCUUUUGGUGCCCAAUUCUUGCCAGCCCAAUUUACUGUUUGCUUGCAAUCGGUUGUCCCCGCGUUGACAUACUUGAUCUCAUUAAUCUUCAGGAUACAGUCGAUCUCUAUUCGCAAGAAGAGCGACCAAGCAAAACUGGGGGGUCUAGUAAUAACUUUUUGUGGGGCGUUCUUGAUUGGAAAAUAUAAUGGCCCCACCAUUGCAGCUCAUCGACUUGUCAAUGAAAACUGGACGUGGCCAUUGUGUCUUGUGAUCGCUUCAGUACUGUGCUCAGCUUGCCACAAUGUACUCAUGGAAAACACCAUGGAGAAGUAUGACGUCGAGGCUCUAUGGCUUGCAACUAUAGUACGGUUUUCAGCUGUGAUCCCCAGCCUCAUUAUUGCCCUGGUCACCACUCGUGGACGAGCCUACAAGUGGGUUAUGGGUUGGGACUUCAACACGUUUUGCUGGGUAUUUGCGGGCAUUUCUGCUGGUCUAGUGCAGUAUUUGGGGACCAAUUUGACGAAGAAGACGGAUGCUGUAUUUGCGUCCUCAUUCACCCCGAUAUCCAUGAUUUUAGUUAUUGGGCUGUCAGCUAUGAUCUUGCAUGAUCGCAUAAAAAAACCGAGUAUUGGGGGUGUCAUAAUGAUCGUGAUUGGGCUUUUCAUUUUUCAUUGGGGAGAAUAUCGAUCAACCUCUAAGGAGGAGGCUCGAGCUGAGGAGGAGCAUUUGAGGUGGAGGCUCAAUCUGCAGAGGAGGUUCAAGCUAUGGAGGACAUUCGAGCUGUGGAGGAGGUUCGAGCUGAUGAGGAGGAACCUUAUGCAUGUGCAGAAGGAGGAGCAUUCUGUAUGAACUGCUCACCUCCACCAUAACCCAAACCUCUGAAAAACCAAGCCCAUUAAUAAAGGCAUGACCAGAAAACUGCUAAGGCCGCCACAGAACCCACAGCCCAAGCAGCAUGCCACGUCCCAAGAAGACGAAUUUCUUGACAAGUGCGUGAAAGAUUUCAAAAAGACACUCAUUUGUUGCAGUUUGUAGCUUCUGCAGAUCAGUAUGCUGACAUUUUCACAAAAGGAUUGUGUUCUCUUUAGUUUAGUGUUCACUAUCAAGUGCAAAGAGUGGCAAUGUGUCAUUGUAUCAAUGGGAGUGUGUUGAGUUAGUGUAAAAAGACUCUGUAAUCAUUAUCCAAUUAUUGAAUGAAAGAAGCAGUUAUACAGUUUCUUC